CUUGAAGGAAGGUGACAAACGAAAGUUAACUUCUCCGACCGGCCGCCAGAGAUUAGCUGGGUGUACCUGGCUUUCAAUAUCAGGCAGGACACAAAACAUUGUGUCUGUAAGAACAACAACAUCAUCUUUGUAGCCUACAUCACUAUGGCACAUUAUAGAGCUCCAGACCCCAAAAGGGAACAGUUUCGGAGAUACUUGGAGAAAGCCGGUGUAGUUGACAGUCUCACCAGUGUUCUAGUGGCUUUGUAUGAACAACCAGAAAAGCCCAACAAUGCUCUGGAAUUUGUCAAGGAGCACCUCGGUGCUGGUGGCUUGACUUCCGCAGACACAGAGGCUCUGCAGCAGGAGGUGAUUGACUUGAGACAGAGGUGUGCAUGUCUGGCCGAGGAAAACAAAGACCUCAAAACACGGCUGCAGCGUUAUGAACCUGUAUCAGAGGAUGGGACCACAGCUGACUAGACUCAGCAAAGCUUUGGUUUGAGGAAUGUAUUUUUUGUUUAAAUUGUCACUUUUGAAUUAAAAGACAAGACGACACUUUAAAAGUGAAAGCCAAGAAUUGUUAUGUAGCUGUGCUGUUUUUUUUAUUUUAGUUUCUAAUUUGUUUCUUAGAAUCUAACUUAUUCUGUACAUGUAUGUAUGUAUAUAUAUAUAUAUAAGUUGUUAUUUCAGUCUUAAGUAUAGCUUUACAAUAGAACAUACCCUCCUAUGUGACUAGACAUGCCAGUUCUUAAGACGUGGGACUUUUCUUGAGGGGUCUAUGUUAGAAUAUAACACAUCUCUGAUUAUUGUAUUUUUCUGGCAUUGUUAUAAACAGUGCAUGACAGCACUUAAUCCUUUAUUUCCAAAGGUCUGGUGUAAGUGAACAAUUUUCAGUAAAAAGCUUUAAAAUGUAAGUGGCUGGUAAAAUAAAGCACAGUCUUGUAAUUAA